CUUAAAUAAAAAGAGAACAAUUUUCCCGCUUUUCGCUCGUCUUUUUUUUUUUUUUUUUUUAGCUCGUCGUUUUUUUGUUUUUGUUUUUCUCGGCUCGUCCUUCCCACAUGUUCCGUGGUUAUAUUAGGGAACGAAGCGAACAAGGAAAAGGAGGGAAGAGAGGAUUGAACCGACGAGAGCACACAAAGGCGUGUCAGGAUUUGAAGCGACGAAAGAACACAAAGACGUGUCAGGAGGAGAAAGAGGAGGAGGAGGAGGAGGAGGAGGAGGAGGGGGAGAAGGAAGAGGGGAGAAUGUCGAGCUCAUCAGGUGAAAGCGACGAUGAUGGACGCGGCAAGGAUGUGCCUGCUACAGAUGCGGUAACGCCGGGCGGGACGACUACGCGGAAGCGCACUCUUCCGAGCCCGCCGCAGGCGGGGGAAGCCGGCGGAAGCCCGCACGGGGGUACGGGGGCCCCGCCGCCUCGGACGCGUCGGAAGACUAAUGCCGCGGUGGCUAUCGAUAAUCUAACGGUAGCGCUGGAGCGCCAGGCUGUGUCUUUUGCUGCCGCUUUUACACAGGCCGCGGAUCGGACGGCUGAUAUUCUUGAGCGUCAGGGGCACAUGAUGAUGGAGCAGUCGCAAGCGAUGGUGGCUGCAUUCAAUGGCAUGGCCAGCGCGAUGAACGCGCUAGCGAGGUCCAUGGGUGGAGAUAGCUGCGAUUGAUGUGUACAGAAAGGAAGGCGGAGGCCAGCAAGUAGGGUCAGGAUCUUAGGGCACGCAUGAUGGGAGCUGCCAAGUGUAAUGAUAACGUCAUUCCCAGAGAAGUGAGAGCGCAUACAUCCUCCAAACGCGGGGGGAGAGAGAGAGAGAGAGAGAGAGAGAGAGAGAGAGAGAGAGAGAGAGAGAGAGAGAGAGAGAGAGAGAGAGAGAGAGAGAUGUAUACCGCAUCUGUACAGCUCAGGACUACACACACACACAGGGCUGUCCUUCUGGACGGCUCAAAUGCUCUACCAAUUAGCGACACUCUUGUCCUCUUAAGUAAGCCCUUCGGACUUUCAAGAUGGUCCUUGUUAGUACACCCGUGCUGGUGAUGCUGAUUGUUUACACACAGAGAGAGAGAGAGAGAGAGAGAGAGAGAGAGAGAGAGAGAGAGAGAGAGAGAGAGAGAGAGAGAGAGAGAGGAGCUAGAGUAUGGUGGAGUGUGCUUCUGUCAUGCCUUGUUGUAUUUUGUGUUUCGCGUGCACGAAGUUUUUUGGUGUUUGCGUGGCAGUGGUUGUUAGAUUCUUCAAGCUUCCACAUCGAUGGGGCUUUGUGUGGAAGUGGAAGGGAAUGGGUGGGAAAAGCCAUUUCCUAGAACCCUUCCAUCGUCGACAUUUUUGCUCGGUCGCCGAGCUUCCGCUCAGGUUUCCCAUUGUUGAGAAAAAAACGAGUAAAUGGGUAUAUUGAUA